AUGAAGCUGCAGGCGGUGAUGGAGAACCUGCAGCGGCAGCAGCGCGCGCGGCUGCAGCAGGCGCUGGAGGCGCGGCAGCAGGAGCAGCAGCAGCAGCAGCCGCGCUCCUCGUCUCCCCCGGCACAGCCCCCGGGGCAGCCCCCCGCCGGCACCGCAGCCCGGGGCCGUGGGCAGGACCCGGCCCCGGCGCCCUCGGAGGAGGGAGCGGAGCCCGAGAGCGCGCACAUCCAGCGGGCACAGAUGGCCGCCCUGGCCGCCAUGCGCGCGGCCGCCGCCGGCCUCAGCCACUCGCCCAGCCCGGGGCUCUCGGACGAGAGCCAGCCCUCUGAGGAGGAGGAGGAGGAAGAGGAGGAGCGCGGAGAGGACGAGGAGGACGGCGGAUACCAGCAGGAGAUGGGCUCUGAGGAGGAGGAAGACCUGAAGGGCAAGUGGGAUGAAGAUGACUUUGAAGAGGACCUGGUUGAGGAGGAAGAGGAAGAAGAGGAGGAGGAAGAGGAAGACUAUGAGGAGGAUGAAGACAUGGGAGAGGAAGGGCUCAGCUCGGCAGGGGCGGUGCGGGCGGGCGCGGGAUCCCUGCUGCUCCGCAAGCCCCCGGCGCCCCAGCACUACCGGGGGGAGCCUCCACGGCUCCCGGGGGGGCAGGAACGGCUGCCCCCUGGCCUGGGCCACACGCAGCCCCCGCCACCGGCACCCGACCACGGCGACUGGACCUACGAGGAGCAGUUCAAGCAGCUGUACGAGUUGGAUGGUGACCCCAGGAGGAAGGAGUUCCUGGAUGACCUCUUCAGCUUCAUGCAGAAGCGAGGGACCCCCGUGAACCGGAUCCCCAUCAUGGCCAAGCAGGUGCUGGACCUGUACAUGCUGUACACACUGGUGACUGAGAAAGGGGGUCUGGUGGAGGUCAUCAACAAGAAGCUGUGGCGGGAGAUCACCAAGGGGCUGAGCCUGCCCACUUCCAUCACCAGUGCGGCCUUCACCCUGCGCACCCAGUACAUGAAGUACCUGUACCCCUACGAGUGUGAGAAGCGCGGGCUGAGCAACCCCAACGAGCUGCAGGCGGCCAUCGACAGCAACCGGCGGGAGGGCCGGCGGCAGGGCUUCGGCGGCUCCCUCUUCGCCUACUCGCCCAGCGGCACCCACGGCCUCCUCUCCUCGCCCAAGCUGCCUGUGCCAGCGCUGGGGCUGGCAUCGGCCACCAACGGCGGGGCCAUCGCGCCCGGGCAGAAGAUCAAGAAAGAGGAGGACUCCCCCAUCCCCAUCUCCAUGCCCAGCCGGCUCCCGGUGUCUCUGGCCGGGCACCCCGUGGUGGCCGCGCAGGCGGCGGCGGUUCAGGUGGCGGCGGCCGCUCAGGCGGCGGCGCUGGAGCAGCUGCGGGAGAAGCUGGAGUCGGGAGAGCCCCCGGAGAAGAAGCUGGCGCUGGUGACGGAUGAGCAGCAGCGGCUGAUGCAGCGGGCGCUGCAGCAGAACCUCCUGGCCAUGACGGCCCAGCUGCCCAUGAGCAUCCGCAUCAACAGCCAGGGCACGCGCUCGCCAGAGAACCGCCCGGACGCCGCCACCAGCAGCAGCAACGGCACCAACAGCAUCAGCAUGUCGGUGGAGAUCAACGGGAUCGUCUACACGGGUGUGCUGUUCGCCCAGACGCCCGGCCCUUCCUCCUCCUCUUCCUCCUCCUCCUCCUCUGCCUACAGCAAAGGCAACAGCGGCGGCAGCCGGAGCAGCGGCAGCGGCGGCAGCGGGGUGGGAAGCGGGGCUGGGAACGUGCCCCCCACCACGGCCAGCCUGGCUGUGCCCCCCAGCUCUACCUCCAACAGCGCUUCGCCUUAACGCCCCGGACCCCCCGAGCCCCGGACCCAGCCGCAGGAGGACGGGGGCUCACCGGGGUCCCAGCAGGUCUCACGGGGGUCUCGCUCGAGGUCCUGCCGGGGUCUCAAUGGGAUUUCACUGGGAUCUCACCAGGUUUUCACUGGGACCUCACCAGGGUCUCGCCCGAGGUCUUGCCAGGGUUUCUCUGGGGUCUCAUCAGGGUCUCACCAGACCCUGCCCUUGUUCUCGUGUUGUUGGAUUUUCCUUUUCCAGGCAGAAAAGCUUUAGCCCGGGGGGUUUUGCCGGAGCCGCCGGCUGUCCGGCUGCGCCGCUCCGGGACCGUUUACCUCACUCACAUCACACUUUGCACUGUACAUUUAUUAUUAUUAUUAUUAUAAUUAUUAUUAUUUUUUAACUCGUGUUACCUCCAGACAGACGCACGGACGCCUGCUGACGCGAGCGCUAGCGAAACCCCCCGGAAUUCUAAAGGAUAAAAACCCGAGAAUCCUAAAAAAAUUGGAAAUAGGGAGAUAUUUUAUUCAUUUCCAUCCUUUUCCCUCCUUUAUUUUGGGAACUCCACUCUGCAGGAUUUUAAGAGGUUGUUUUUUGAUUGUUUUGUUGUAAAUAGCUUCUAUUUUAUUCUCUAAACAAAAAAGAAUCAAACUUUUAACAUGCAAAUGAUAUAUAUUAGUCUUCAUCAGGGAAAAUGGGAGCUUGGAAAAACAUUGGAAUCUCCUUUCUCCUCUCAUUAUCGGUGGUUGGGUCCAGCUCUGCUCCUUCCCCCACCGGUAAAUCCUAAUUUUUUUUUCCUUCCCCCGCAUAAAACUACUGUUCAAAGCCACUUUGGGCUUAUUUCCUCCAAAAAUAAGCAGGAUCCAGAGGAUGGGAUGCUCAGGGCUGCGGGACGCUCCAGAGGUCGCGGAGGACCCGAAGGACCCGAGGAUUUAUUUUGAGCCUCACAAUCUCAUUUUUUACCGUCCCCGUCCCCCCCCCAAAAUUCACCCACAUCUGCGUGAGACACAAUCCGACCCGAUACCGAAACCCCCGCCCCCCUCGGUAUCUCCAUUCUCAGGUUCCCACCUGGAGCACAGGGUUUUCCCCCUUCCCCAGGUGCCCGGGGGGGUCCGGGCUGGUGGGACCCCCCUGCUUUAUUUUUAAUUUCGCUCGGGGAAGUGGCGAUCUCAGGGGAUUUGGGGUUUUUUCCAGCUGGUUUUGUUGUUUUCGGCCUUUUUUUUCCGUGCUGGAAUCCCCUUGGUGGCUCCGUGGGGGGUCUUGGUGGCUCCAUGGACCCUUUAGGGAGGUCUGGGGGGGUCCGUCCAGCUCCUGCUGCUGUUCAGGUCCAGCCCAGCUCCCCGCAAGGAGAAAUUCCAAGGGGGAAUUUUCAUGCCCAGGGCGGGCUUAGAUUUUCUUAAGUGAUUUUUUGCAUUGUACAGUCACUAUUUUGGGUUGUUUUGGGGUUUUUUUUAAUUAUUUUCCCUCUCCCCCUUUUCCUCACCCCCCCUUUAUUUUUGUUUUUGAGAGCGGGUGACUUUCCACUUUAUUUUUCUUUUUGCAUAUCGAUUUAAAAAUAAUGAAAAAAAAAGCCUAAAUCAGUUUCUUUGAGGGGGGGGGGGUGUUGGAAAGAAAAUCAGACUAAAGAAGCGGCCCCAGCUGCAGCCGCCCCCUCCCCCAGCGUUGCGUAUCUUAACUCAGGUAAAAAAGGAAAAUGAGAAAAGAUAAAAAAACCACAAAAGACAAAAAAAAAAAAAAGAAAAAAUAAUAAAAAAAAUAAACCACAUUCUACCUCUGAGCGCGGCGGCCUCGGGCGCACCCGGGCCCCGGUGAAAGAUUUCAGUUUUGCAAAACAUUCAGGUAUUGAGACUUUUUGAUUAUUAUUAAAAAAAAAAUAAAAAAAUUUAAAAAAAAAAAGAUAAAAUAAAGUAAAAACACUGAAAGUUUACAUUUUAUAAUAACAUUAUUAUACAGAUUGUAUUUAAACGUCAGAAUAUUUAAGACAAUUGUAACCCUGUAAAGUGAAGAAAUAUUAAAAAAAAAAAAAAAAAAAAAAA